AACCUCGACAAAACGAUGCAGAUUGCUUAUUAUUUUAGUGUUUGGGCUUGUUCUUUUUCUCAUCAGGGGAGCUGAGUGCAGAAUGAGAGGAUAGCGAAGCAAGUACUUGUCUUCCCACUGUCUGUGAAAUUUUCGCAAAUUGAAAGAUCGAUAGCUCGUUGCGUCACUUCUGUAGAACUCCGGUAGCUAAUUCUUGAUGCUUUGAAGAUGAGAUUAGGAUUUCUUGUGCUAGAUUUACGGCCUGUGUUUGUGUUCGUGAAAAUUCGUAGGGGAUUAGUAGGUUGAGCAGGUUAAGCAGAUUUGGUCGGAUUACGGCAUAUGAAUCUUGCAUGGAGUGGUGUGAGGGUGGCUGAAGGUGGAGUUCUGGAGGAGAGGUCUACAGAGGGAGGAGAAAUAGAGUCGACUUUCAGGUGAAGAGUGUGGUCGAGGGUGCUAAAUGCAGAGAUGACAGAAAAAGCGACGUCAGACAGUUCUAAUCCGGUAAGGAGAGGGAGCGGUGGCUCUUCGUUGGAGAGUUUGUUGCAGCAAGCAUGCCUUCAGUUACAGAAACCAAAGUUGCAGAGACGCAGCGAGUCGGAUCCUCGUUUGGAUGUAUCUGUGGAGAAGCGGGUCAACCUGGAUUCUGCUUGUCUAGGUGAUGCUGCUGAUGGAUUAGGGGAAACCUAUUUUCACAAGAUCCGGCCCGAGGCGAAUUCGAAUUUUCUGGAGAGGACUGCACCGCCGAAGCUCGAAACCAUCUCCAAGAAGACGAACGUACCGCGAUCAAAUUCUGGCUGUGUGUUAGGAGGUAGAGGCUCGCCUCUCGGAACUAGUGAUAACUCCUCUCAAUUUUCCCCGUCUCCGACACGCAGUCUCUCGAAUGAUACACAGGCAUCUGUGUCUGGAGGAAAUUGCGAUGCUGUUGACUUUGAAGGCAGCAGCAGUGUCUCAGCAGAUUUGGCAGGACAGAUGGAGUCCAUGAUCCGUUACAUUGAUGAUAUCCUCAUGAAUGAGAACAUGGAAGAUGAGAAGUCGCUGAUGCAGCAAACUGGUGCCAUCCAUGCUAUGGCGAAGGAUUUGGCUGGUCUUAUUGACCCCGACUCUUCUGUAGAUGAGACCAACAACCUUGAGGUCGUUGGAGGAGAUUACUCUAAUGACUGGGCCAAAAAUGAGAUCUUAUCAGCCGAAGAAACGAACGCGGUGGAAAACAGCAGUGUAUACCGGGACUUGAGAAAGGAAAUUGCCGACCUCAUUUCUUCAGAGGCUAAUGUUCUAGAUGCAGGAGGAUUCGGGGGUGAUAAUGACCAGAGCAACACUUCCACUACGUUUCUUCCAACUGAAGAUAACACGACACUGAAGUUGAUGGAGGGAUACACUCGUAUGCUCAGCAAGCACAUUGCGGAUGUAAGUGGUGCCAGCAAUUCUGAUAACGUGGAUUACAGGUCGUUUAUUACCGAGUCAGAUGAUCUCGUUGUCCACUUCGAUGACCGUCUGAAAUAUUAUUUGGAUAAUUUAAAUAAAAAUCCUCCUCCAAAUUCGGCCCUGGACUUCAAGCUGCUACUUCGUACCCCAGGAGAGAGGUCGAGUUCGUCUUCAUCUAGGGUUGUGUACUCUAGUAUUACGGAUCUGCUGCACAGGUGUGCUUUUGCAGUGAGUCAAGGCAAGACAGGUAGUGCGGCCGACUAUUUAGCAGAACUGCGGAGCCUCUCAUCACCGUAUGGUGAUUACAUGCAGCGCAUGGCGCAUUAUUUCAUGGAAGCUCUGGUAGCGAAACUGUCAGGUACCGGUGAGCAGCUGUACACUGUGAUUACAAACAACCACCCGUCGGCUGCGACAAUGUUGAAGGCUUAUCGUCAGUAUGUCGACUGUUGCCCUUACAUCAAACUUAGUCAUUUUUUUGAAACGAAAAUGACAUUGGAUGCUUUUGAAGGCGCUACCCGCGUUCAUGUCGUUCAUUACGGCAUCCAAUACGGAGUUGAAUGGCCUAGUCUUAUCCAGCACCUCUCAAAAAGGCCAGAAGGACCUCCUUAUUUUCGCAUAACAGGUGUUGAUGUUCCAUACCCAGGAGACGAUCCCUGUUGGAAAAUACAUCAAACUGGGCGGAGGCUUGCAGAGUUCGCGAAGAUGUGGAAUGUACCAUUUGAAUUUCAUGCUCUAGCUGGGAAAUGGGAAUCAUUCACGGCUAAGGAUUUCAAUUUAAGAAGCGAUGAAGUUCUUGCAGUGACCUCCCACAAAAUGCAUAACAUCCUUGAUGAGUCUGUGUUGGGUUCAAGUCCUCGUGAGCUUCUGCUGAGAAGGAUUCGAAGUUUAAAUCCCAAGCUAUUCUUCAUCAUCGUGGACAAUGCAGCGUGCAAUGGUCCUUUUUUCAUGACUCGCUUUCGGGAGAGCGUGAAGCAUUAUUCGGCAAUCUUCAACGGGAUGGAAUUAUCUUUUCCUGAAGAUGACCCAGACAGAGUCGUCCUUGAAAGAGAGAUUUUCGGUCGGGAGAUUUUAAAUAUUGUUGCAUGCGAAGGACAAGCGAGAGUCGACCGGCAAGAGCCGUACAGGCAAUGGCAAAAUCGAUUGCAACGAGCUGGUUUCAAGCAAGUUCAACCUAAGAAAAUCAUUCUCUCCAAAAUGAAAGCCAUGAUGGCUACUUUCCACAAAGAUUAUGGUGUGGGUAUAGAUGAGGGCUGGUUUCUUCUGGGGAUAAAGAACCAAAUUGUAAAAGCCAAUUCAUGCUGGGAGUCUAAACCCGUCUUAAACUUCAUGUCAUGAAAGUGUCCGUCCUUGUUAUGUUAUACGAACAACACCUUCUCAACUGGUGCUUGACGUCUGUUCCAA